AUGAGUCGCCUGGGGAGGUGGGACUUUUCACACUUCUUGUCAGUUGAAGAGAAUCUUGCACACCAUAUGUUCCAACAGACACACCAAGCCGGCACUUCAGGAAUACACAGACAAACAGGCAGAGACAGCGGAUCAGAAGUAACCACGGAAGAUGGAAAUUUAAACCGUGGAGGCCUAUACUCUACACACCUCUUAGGAGAUGUGGUACCUGAGGGAACAGCCAGCCAUGCCAACCAAUCGCACACACUGCUGCUAUUGACGCACAAUAAUAGGUUCCUGCGUGUGGAUAUUGUGUCCUCCCUGAAGCUGGUGCUCUACCAAGUAUGGCUCAUCGAUGUACACUUCACCUCUUGUUUACCAGUGAAAAUAAUGGAAGAGCCCUUAGGGGCAGUCCCCCUCCAAAAUCUUUGUGCACUCAUGGGUCUGGUGAUGACAGAGGGGCCUAUGGUGCGUGACGAGCAAGGGAGGGUGUGCUACCGCUGCCUCUACUGCCCACGCAUUGACUCCGACAAGAGCAAGUGGCGGCGACACCUCCGGACGCACACAGGGGAAAAGCCUUAUCAGUGUGCAAAGUGCCCAUACCGUGCUACUACGAAACAUGCUGUUGUUCGACAUGACAAGUUCAGACAUUCUGUAGAGGGAGCUGCACUCUAA